GGAAUCGAUUUUUUAGUAUUGAACUUUAAAAUCGUCCAAAAAAAAAAAAUGGCCAUUUGGUUGAGUUUUCUUGAUUGAUAUAAGUAAAAGCUAACAUAUAAGUAGCUUCUUUUUAUUCAAUGGAUGGAUGGAGCACCUGGCUUAGACUUUCCACUGUCUUUCAUCUUUUCAGUCGGGAACAUAAGUCCAAUGAUAAAAAAGCACAAAAAUAAAAGAAUUCCAAAGGCAUUAUCAAUAUUUUCGAUCAUAGACUUCGAUAAUACAUUUAUAAAUAAUUUGCCUUGACCCUGAAACGUUUUAUGUAACAUAUAGACAACAAAAAAACAUAUUAUGAAUCACAUGCGACUCAUAGGACAAUCCUUAGAUUAGGGACAAUCCAUGGAAAAGAAUCAUCGUUUUCCGGGUCUAAUACUAGAGGGCGCGAUUGGAAGAGUAGGUUUUUAAUCAAUAGGUAUUUAACUAGUUUGACCUAAAAAAAAUAAAUAAAUACAAAUAUAAUAUUUUAGACUUUGAUAAUAUGGUCAGUUACAUCAGCCCAGAGCAAACUGAAAUAAUGAUCAUCUUUGCAAGUUAUUCAAAUAAAAAGGAUUUUGUUUUGGAGUCCGUUGAGUGUGAUGAUUUUUUAAGAAAAACCAAGUAGCCAAUUAUGAGUGCAUCAAACGAGAAAAGUCCCACUCAAAAUGAAGAAGUUGGUCUCAAAAGAGAACUGGGACUAUUUUCAGCCAUAAAUUUAAUUUUAGCAGUAAUGAUUGGUUCUGGAAUUUUCGUGUCGCCAGCAUCAGCCUUAAAAUACAGCGGGUCUGUUGGCAUGUGCAUCAUUAUUUGGACUGUCUGUGGAAUAGUGUCUUUAUUAGGUGCCUUAGCUUUUGCAGAAUUAGGCACCGUCAUUCCUAGAUCGGGUGCUGAGUAUGCUUAUUUUAUGGAUUCCUUUGGUCCCUUGCAUAAAUUUUGGGGUAAUCUACCAGCAUUUCUGUAUUCUUGGCUUAUGGUAAUAAUAAUAAGGCCUGCUGAAGUGGCUGUAAUAGUAUUGACUUUCUCAGAAUACCUUUGCCAACCGUUAAUGGAUCUGCUUUGCAUAAAAGAUGAAACUAGGAGCGAUCAGGUUACAAAAGCUAUCGCUUUAGCUGCUUUAGGCAUUAUUACCUACAUAAACAUAAGCAGCGUAAAGCUUUACGUUAAAGUUCAAAAUAUUUUUGGAUCAUUUAAGGUCCUUGCGUGCCUUAUAGUUAUUUUUGGAGGAAUAUAUGAAUUGUCUAUGGGCAACACAAAAAACUUGGCAAAAGGCUUUAAAGGGACCAGUUUUGCACCCAAAGAUAUGGCGUUGGCUUUCUAUAGUGGAUUAUGGGCUUAUGACGGAUGGUCAGCAGUAACAAUUGUAACUGAAGAAAUUAAACAACCUGAAAAGAAUAUCCCUAGAAGUAUAAUGAUCAGUGUCCCCAUUGUUACCGCUCUCUAUGUCUUCAUGAAUAUCGCUUACAUGACAGUAUUGUCAAUUCCAGAAAUGAUGGAGGCUAAAGCCGUUGCAGUUACCUUUGGAGAAAGAGUACUGGGGCCAUUUUCUUUUGUAAUUCCUUUGGGGGUGGCUUUGAGUACUUUUGGAUGCGCUUUAAGUAUACAAUUUGGUGUAACGAGAUUGUGCUAUGUAGCUGGUCAAGAUGGUUUCAUGCUUGAGAGUUUCUCCUAUGUGCAUCACGAGAAGCUCACUCCAUCGCCAGCAGUGGUCUUCCAAGGAAUUAUUGCAUUUCUUUUCAUUGCAAGUGGUGAUAUAAUACAGCUAAUAGAAUUUGCUAGUUUUCUAAUAUGGCUCGCCUAUGGCACUGCCAUGAUCUCUCUAUUAGUUUUAAGGAGAACCAAAAAAGACUUACCUAGGCCUUAUAGAGUGCCCACUUGGAUACCAGUGUUCAUACUUUUAGUAGCAAUCUACCUCAGUGUCACUCCAAUAGUGACUGAUCCUGAUCCCAUGUACCUUUUUGCCCUUAUGUUCACUUUAUUGGGCGUACCUGUUUAUUAUUGGUUUAUUUAUAAAGGUCAGCAACCUAAGAGACUAAUGAGUAAAGUAACUUAUUUAUGUCAGGUACUGUUUGAAGCAGUUCCUCCUCAGAGUUAUUCAAAGUAAAAGGAAAAUCAAAAUGUCUUUUUCUUUCUGAAAAUACAAAAAUCAAGAUGCUAAUAAUAAAGGUUUAGGAGUGAAUUGCUGAAUUUAUUGUCCAAAAACUAUGUGCUAUGUACAUACAAUCGUUACAUUUUUUUCAAUUUCUAAAAGACUAAAAAAGCUAGGGCCGGUACCUUAUACCUUAUACGUAAACUUGAAAUGUAAUUAAAAAAAGUUAUGAGUAGGUACCUCAGUACUAAAUUAAUGAAAUUUCAAUUUUUUUUAUGUUGAGAUUUUGUGUCUAAAUAGGGACUUACGUUUAAUGUUAUUAUUGACAAGAACUCUUCCUAUUCGGAAAAUUUUGUUGUUUUUGGUGUAUAUAAACAGGGUUGGACUUGUUCCAUUUUUGCGUUUUGUAACUUUUACUUUUCAACAAACAUGUUGACCAUAGGCGGUUCUAGGUGGGGGCUUGGGAAAUCUGGAAUUAGCCCCCUCGCUCCCCAAAUUUAAAUUAGUGAUGAGUGGCAAAAGUUCGCAGUCCCUGAAUAAAAAAUAUUCAAGCGUUAGGAUUAAUUAACUACAUAAUUUCAAUAAUUUCACUGAUUUAAUAGCCUUAUCUAAUUAUUUCAUAAAAUGUUAUUCAAUUAUUUCAUAAAUAUCCGUCUGGAAACAGAGGCAACCCUAGCCCCCACCACUAGGGACAGGGUUGUCUCUGUUACCUGUAGGUGUGUGUAAUAAGUAGGAGCGAGGUAGGAGCAGCCAAAGUUUACGCGCUGCUCUGCUAAUCGCCGUAUUUUAAGGAAGGUUUAACGAUAAUCCAGGCUUAAAGUGACAUUUAUGCAUGUAAAAAUGUCACUUUAAGCGUUGAUUAUCUCUAAACCUCCCUUAAAUCGUCGGUGCAAACGGCAAUAAGCGGUAUUGUCUAGAUACGAUGUUAAUCUGUAGCUACGUUGGAAACCUUUGGAGUGAAGACGUUGUAAAACUUGUGUUUUUGUUCGGGUUGAUUCACAGUUGCAUAUUAUUUUUCGCUCUGUUGUUUGGUUGUUUUGGUUGUAGUUUCGAAUCCCACUGAUGUCAAACUGUCAAAUCAAACAUUUUUAAUUUCAACUCUUUUUCUAUUAAAAGUAGGAAGUAGGUUUUUGUUUUUUUUUUUUAUCACCUUUAUUUGUACCUCAGAAUACUUUUAUUUUAUGUAGAACAAAACAUCAUCAUGUUACUUGUAAACAAAAUUUCUUUUGUAAUAAUAAAACCGAGAAUGAAACUUUUGUAUUUUUCAUAAAUAAAUAAAAACAAUUUUGACUAAAUAUUUAUUAAAAUAUAAGGUUUUUGGGCGUGGCAGCC